AUGUCCCAAAGCAAGGCUGGUCGGAGGAGAAGGUCAAGCAGUAUCAUCUACCAGGAGCCUGCGGAGUCCAUUGAACACACCAGUGAUCAGGCGGCCUUGCCCAAUCUGAAUGCGAACUGGGUGAAUGCCAAGGGUGCCUGGACAAUCCAUUUCGUCCUCAUCGUUGCCCUCAAGAUCUUCUACGAUAUCAUCCCCGGAGUCUCGCAGGAAACCUCAUGGACCCUCACCAACAUCAGUUACAUGUUCGGCUCGUUCCUCAUGUUUCACUGGGUGCGGGGCAUCCCUUUCGAGUUCAACGCGGGUGCCUACGAUAAUCUGAACAUGUGGGAGCAAAUCGACAACGGAGACCAAUAUACCCCGACGAAGAAAUUCCUCCUCUGCGUGCCCAUCUGCCUCUUCCUCCUCAGCACGCAUUAUACCCACUACGACUUGACGUACUUCACCAUCAACUUCCUCGCCACGUUGGCCGUGGUCAUCCCGAAACUUCCAUUUUCGCACCGAUUGCGAAUAGGGCUUUUCUCCGGCGAACCCGAGGAAUAG